AUCAAGCACAUCUGUUCAAUUUCACAAUGAUUAAUGACCUUUAGAUUUGAGGUCAAAUGUAGUCUCUGUACCUAUUUAAGAAACUUUUGACACUUGACACAACGUUUAAACAACAUGCACUGUUCAACAGCAGCAACUUAAUGUAUUUUUUUAGAUAAGUAAAGCACAGUUUGAUGAGUAACUGCACUGAGUGAAUAUAUGAGAUAAUGCGUGUCAUACCUUUUCCAUCCCAAUCUGAUACGCUUUCAGAGCUUCUUGAACAGCUGUCUGGUUCUGUAGAUUUGCAAGAGCAACAACUGCAUUGUCUAGACGCAGUCAUGGCGUGUAGCAGGCUCAUGUCCGCUCCGGUGUGUCUCAUUGAAAACGAUGAAAAUGGGCAGCUGCGUGUGAGAAAAGAGGCCAAAGUCAUUCUGGAUGGGAUCAGUGAGCCGGUGGUGGUGGUGUCUGUGGUGGGAGUCUAUCGUACGGGGAAGUCUUACCUUAUGAACCGCCUGGCAGGACAACAGUCAGGAUUUGCUCUCGGCAGCACUAUUGAAUCAAAGACUAAAGGCAUCUGGAUGUGGUGUGUCCCUCAUCCCUAUAAAGAAGGACACACUCUUGUGCUGCUGGACACAGAGGGACUUGGGGAUGUAAGGAAGGGGGAUGAGAAACACGACACAUGGAUCUUCUGCCUGGCUGUUCUUCUCAGCAGCACUCUAGUGUACAACAGCUUAGGAGUCAUUGACAACACGGCACUGGAAAAGCUGCACUAUGUUACUGAGCUGACGGAGAACAUUCGUGUGAAGGCAGAAAAGAGUCAAGACGAGGACAAGUCGGCAGAUUUCAUGCGUGUUUUUCCAUCGUUUGUCUGGGCUGUUCGGGACUUUACUCUGGAACUGAAAAUAGGAAAUAAUCCAAUAACAUCAGACGAGUAUCUGGAGAGUGCACUGACACUCCAAUCAGGCUGUUCGCCUCGGAUUGAGAAGUAUAACCUGCCCCGUCGCUGUCUGCGCCAUUUCUUUGCGGUGAGGAAUUGUUUCGUCUUCCCCCGGCCUGCUAGUACCCAAAACAUGAGAAGAAUGGAAGAGCUGACUGAGAAAGAACUGGAGUCAGAGUUCCUUGAGCAGGCAAACACCUUCUGCCAUUACAUUUUUGACAGUGCAGAACCAAAAACGGUCAGCGGAGGCCGUAUAAUUACUGGAACAGCUCUGGGUAAUCUCGCUGAGGUUUACGUAGAGGCGAUACGCAGCGGGAAGAUUCCUUGUUUGGAGAACGCAGUGCUGUCUCUGGCUAAGAUCCAGAACGUCCGUGCAGUGGAUGAGGCCCUGCAGUGCUACGUGACAGAGUUGUUCAGCAUGACUCAGCUUCCUAUGCGCCCAGAAGAGCUGUCCAACAUCCACACAGAUGCAGAGAAGAAAGCAGUUGAAGUUUUCAUCACCAUGUCCUUCAAUGACAAUGACCAGAUCUACCAACAAGAGCUCAUGGGGAAAAUGUAUGAUGAAUAUCAGCAGAUGUGCCAGCAGAAUCAGGAAGAAUCUAUCCAGCAGUGUAAAGCUGUUCUGCGUGAGGUGUUUGAUACACUGGAAAAGGGUGUUUCUGAUGGAUCAUACCUGAGAUCUGGAGGAUACCGACAGUACAGAGACAUGCUCACACAGCUGACCAAUGACUACAGAGCAAGAACACACUCACAAAUAAUGAGUGAAGAAGUGUUGAGCAAGUUUUUGAAAGAAAAGGAGGAUAUUGGAAAUAUGAUUCUACAAGCUGACCAAUCUCUCAGUGAAGCGGAACAGGAAAAAGAGGUGCAGAGGUUGAAGAAUGAGAUUUUAGAGCAACGCCAAAGAGGUCUAGAGAAACAGAACCUGUUACAGGAGCGGGCUUUUAAAGACAUGCAGAGAUCCCAUAAGGAACAUGUGGAUCAGAUCAUUCGUCAGAUGGAAAGAGAGCAGGAGAGAAUGAGGAGAGACAAUGAACGAGUCCUGGAAGCCAAACUAAGAGAGAAAGAUGUUCUUCUACAGAAUGGUUUACAGGAGCAAGCCUCACAGAUGCAGAGGCAGAUUGACCGCUUAAGUUCAGAAAUGCAUAAAGAGAAGUCAAAACCAUCCACACUCAGCCGGAUUGCGGACGGUAUCAGUGCCACAGCAGAAUUGAUCUUGCCGGGCUUUGUCAUGAAAUGGUUCAAAUAAGAGCGAGUAUGCUUCUCUCACACAAAGGUCUGAUUUUUCUUUUAUGCCAAAAAUCAUUAGGAUAUUAAGUAAAGAUCAUGUUCGGUGAAGAUAUUUUGUAAAUUUCCUACUGUAAAUAUCAAAACUUAAUUUUUGAUUAGUAAUAUGCAUUGCCAAGAACUUAAUUUGGGCGAUUUUCUCAAUAUUUUGAUUUUUUUUUGUACCCUCAGAUUUUCAAAUAGUUGUAUCUCCUGUCCUAUCCUAACCAUACAUUAAUGGAAAGCUUAUUUAUUCAGCUUUCAGAUGAUGCAUGAAUCUCAAUUUCGAAAAAUUGACCCUUAUGACUG